GACUCAGCACACUUCAUGCAUACAAACAGCGAAAAUUACAACAUAAAGGACCUAUUACACCUUCUUUUGGAGUAACAUUAAUGCUAGUGAGAGGCUUGCCUACUUUUUAAGGCUAAGAAGACACAUUUUCUGCAGGUAAACCAAAAGCUUUCAGGGAACAUUUCCUGUUAUUCUGCACUUGCUGGUUAUUGGGUCUGUUCCACUCUUCAAAUGUUGAAGCAUUUAUGGAACUCCCACAAUGAAGCACUCUCUUGGAUGUGACUGGCCUCAAGUUUGCAGGAACUGAACAACUACACAUCGCUACCUUCUCAUGCUGAAACCCAUUGGAUGCUGUAUUUUUGCCUGCUCAGGAGUGGUUACAUUUUGCUUUACUGUUUGGGAAGAUUAGUUUAAUUUACAACAUUAAAAGAUGGCUGAAGAAGAAAAAUUCUCUCUAAAGACGACAAUCCAGUUUGGUAUUAUCAGAUAUAUUCCAUCAGCAAAACUAUGCAUCACAAAUGAAAAGGCCCCCCAAAGUUAUUGCACUUGUUGUUUAAAGAACACGCAAAUAAAACAUAUGUGACUAGUCCAUGAUAAAAAAACCUGGAUCACUAAUGGCAAGCUGACUGUCAAAAAAAGAGCCAUCAGGAAAGCCAUAGACUCAACCUUACCUUUAAAUCAGCUAACUGUAAAAGCAUAACAGCCUGUUGCCAUUUUGUAAUACGAAGAUCAUGUCAGGUUCAGAACACAAGGAUUUCUGUUUGCCUUGGGUACAAGAAAUCUUUCACUAAAUUUGAAAUUGAAAUUCAUUACCGAAUUGUUCAGUAAUUGAAUUUGAAAAAGCCUCCCUAAAGAAAGUAUGUCCAUUCAAAGUAUGAAUAAUAGGAGGAAGAAGAAGAAUGAAAAACUCAACUGCUCCAGAAGCAAGGUAUUCAUUUGCAUCUUAGGAACCACUUUAAGAUACAGUUCAAAUGACAAAUGAAAUGGGUCGUAAAGAAACACACUGCUUACAUACUUGUGAUUAUGAUUCAAUGGCUCAGCAAAAGCUGAAAAUGCGCCCAGUGCUACUGAAAAGGAACAGUCUAGAUUCAGCUGAUUUGAUGAGACAACCACAGCACCGCAGGACCAAAUCUCAGCAAGUUCGAUUCAAGGAUGACAGUGUGAACACAAAGGCAGAACUGGACACUAAUCCUGCCCAAGAUAUAGCAUUCACAACUGGAGCAACAGAAGUAUUUAGGGGUCACAAUUUUUUGUUACAUCAAUCUCCAUCCUUUCCAAGGGCUGAGAAGGGGCUUCGGAAUAUUGCCAUACAAACAUCUCCUAGCCUCAGGAAACACUUCCCAGUUUUCAAAAAGAAAAAGCUGACAUUAAGCAAGUCCUUAACAGAAAUGCCAACUGAGCCUGCAAUUUCUGUCCAAGUAAAUGGCAAUCUUUCUGAGGAAGACAUUAUGUCUUCAGAUCUCUGCUACUUAAGACUAACUAAUCAUUUGGAAGAUGGACUUAGGAAUAGUGAGGUAGAUGAUCAGCUAAGUCAAAGGCCAUCCAAAGCACAGAGCAAUGGACCUAUCCACUCAGAUGAUUUCUCAGUAUCAGAGAAGACAACUGCUUCUACACAGGUGCCUGAAUACAUACAUGUGAGCUUUCCAGAAGACAGCAAUGCUUCUAGGGAUGCACCAGACACAACCAUGAACUUAAGUAAUUCACUGCAUUCCUCUGCUGUUGUAAAUAGUAAGGAAAGCAAUGAAACCAGCACACUGUCAUCCAGUUCUGAAAGAGCAUAUCCUUGCCUAAGCAAGUCUAACUGCAGUGAAAGGAACCUUCAAUCUGACUCUGCUAAAGCAGAUAAAAGUAAUUCUGAGUCACUUUUAGCCAGCAAAGAUGCAAGCAUUAAGGAAUCUACUCCAUUAUCACCUCCGUCAAACCACAGUUCAUCUCCUUGUUUCCUCAGAGACUAUCAACAGGCAGGAGAGCACAAAGCAGAUUCCAGCUGUGGGAUAUUAACAAACGAUGAUCACAAAAUGUCGCUGACCAGUACUACUGCAUCAAAACCUAUUCUGUCAUGUAAUACCAACAUCAAGAAAAACUCUACCCAGUCAGAUGUUUCUCAGUGUGACAGCUGUUUAGUAGGAUUUCACAUAAUGUCUGAUCAGCCAAGGAAUGAAAUAAACCCACAAACUGACAAAGAGAUUAGUGAAACAAAUCAAAUUCAUUUGGCAGAUGGUGAACUCUGUGCCCUACAAGGCAGGCUGCAGUCUGUAGAAGAAUCCUUACAGUCAAACCAGGAGAAGAUUAAAGUCCUUUUGAAUGUAAUUCAAGACCUGGAAAAGUCCAGAGCGCUCAGUGAAGGGCGUAACUUCUAUCACACUGGUCAAGACAUCAACAAUUGCAGCACCUGCCAGAACACUGCGUGUAUUAUUUACAGUGUAGAAUAUGACUUCAGGCAACAAGAAGGAAGAUUUCAUCAGAUUUUGAAAACACUGGAUCAUGCAGAGCAAAAUCCAGCCCCAGCUUCACCUCAGAAGCUAUCAUCUGAUCAUCCAGCUCCUGAGAAAAAGGAGUUAAGAAGAAAGACAAAAAAGGUGAAAAGAAAAUGCUUCUGGUGGAUUUGACUUCCUUCUGGAUCCUUUUACAUUUCAAAAGCCACUACAGCAGAAAGCGGUUUGAGAGUGCACACUUGACAAUGUGCUAGUACGAAACCAGAAAGCAUAAGAAUGUUUAAUGAGCAUCAAAAAAAAUCAGAAGAAUUAAUUUAAAUCCUCUCACUAAAUAAAGGCACAUCAGGAUACUAUUUUCAAAGAGAAAUGGUUUCUUUCAGAAGGAAACUUCCUCAUUUUUUUCCCAAGGACACUUUCAUAAGCUUUGUAAAGACUUUUUUCCCCAGCUUUUAAAAAACAAUGAGAUUUGAAUCUCUACUUUAAAAAUCAACUGUAGACAAAGCUAAGAGAGUCACACAGUCUUCACUUCCUACUUGUAAGCAACACAGAUUGCAAGGAAAGAACUUAAUUGAUCUUUAUACAAACCGCAAGAAUAAAUUCAGGGCAAUCUACAUUGCUGAAACAAAUCUGUCCUCAAAGGAGACAAUUAAAAUUGUUUCACAGAAAUAUUUUUGUUACCAUCAAAACCUGAAAAACUCAUUUUAGUACAAGUCUUACUCAUAUUGGAUCAAUUUCAAAAGCAACCAUUUAGAACUUUCAGCUAUUUAAUUGACUUCUCACAAAAGAAUAAUGGAAUCAUAAACUAAAACAAUAUACUGGUAUUUUAGUCUUAAUUCCCUACUCCAGUAAGGUCCCAUGAGGUGAACUGAAUUUUGAGUAUCUCCAAAGAGAAGAAUCCAUAAUCCCUUGGGACAAGCUGUUCCAGUUUUUCCCUCUAACAUCUAAUCUGAAUUUUAUGUGUUCUAAUUUGGGUCCAUCACAUCUUGCUUUACCCAGUUACACCCUUAUUAAGAAUUAGAGAAUAAGACCUUUCCUCUAAGCCUUGACCUCUUAGAGACUGAAGAUACCCCUCUCUUCACACAUGCCACAGCCAUCUUGGUGCUCUCCCUCCAGUACAUUGAUGUCUUUCAUCUACCUGGAAACCUAACACUGGAUACAAAGCCUCAGAUGUCAUCACACAGUUCUGAAUUUGCCUACCGUCUUGCUAAGCCACUUGCCCAAGUUGUCCAUUUAAGCUCUGUAUCACUAUACCAAAUUAUCCCAAGAUGUGGGAUUUUGGCCUUAAGAUAGAAAAUCAAUAAUUUAAAAAAAUAAUUAAUGAACUUAUCUGUGUUAUAUUAAAAAUUAUAUAUGCUGAAAAGUCUUUAUCAAAUGCCAGUGCAGCCAUUUCUUUCCUUCAAGAUUAGUCAUGCUAGCACAAGGAAUGCCAAUGUAACCUAAUUUAGGGUUGAUGAUACUAAUAAUUUGCUCAUCAAAACAUGGUCACCUCUUGUAUGGGGGGCAGAGGGAAAAUGUUUUUCCAAAGCAAGUUUAAAGGGCAUGCUGUAAAGCCCAAAUAAUGUACUUUAUGUCUAGUGGAAUGUACUACAGACCUUUCCUUAGAAGUAACUCUGGGUAAUUUGUCCAGAUGGUAUCAGGGCAUUCAAUAAGCCCUGGAUACUAUUUUUUUAAAUGAUGGUGUGUUAAUUGUGCAAUGUUAGUUAAAAAUGUCUGUAGACCUUUUGUACACUGAUGUGUUCCUUCAAUUCUUAGGGUUAAUUGCACAUUUGAAAACACAUUAAAAACAGUUUUGCACAGAACAA